CAGGCAGUUCAAAUAAAUUUGUGAGAUUUGAUUUUGACAGCUGAUGGAAAAAGAUUUAGUAUUGUCAACCUUAUAUUUCGUUAGCUAUUCGCCUAUUCCUAAGAUAUCCCAAUAAAGGUUAGGAACUUAGAACUAUGCAAGGAGAGAAGAGGAAAGGAGAAAAAAUUAUAGUGGGGAAUCCUAAGCUUGAAAGGAGGAUGACAUAAGCAUUGUUCCCUCCAGCACCAAGCAUCACUAGGUGGGGUAACUGAUUGGGAUGACAUGAAAUAAAAAAACAUCCCUUCACCACUUCCAUUACAAUACAUUUACACUCUCUGAUAUGAUACCCAUGUCCUAGUUUUUCUGCUUUUGAUUAAACUUUAAAAGGAUUCCAAUAAGCCUUUUCACAUCUAUUCAACUUCCUCUGAUCACUCUGAGAGGGAAAUUGAAAUGAUGAUCAAGGAAAAUGAAACAAUUGUUACAACAAACAAGGAACAAGCUAGUGAAGGGAUGAGCACAGAUAGCAACAAUGAUGGAAGAGAAGAUGAUAAUCCAGAAGAGUGGUUGAACCUGAGCUUAGGAGGAGGAAGUUCACUCUCAACAGAAGGAGAUGCUGAAUCACAAUCAAGACCACCACCACCACCUACUGCCAAAGUUUUUUCAUGCAACUUCUGCAGGAGGAAGUUCUUCAGUUCACAAGCAUUAGGAGGUCAUCAGAAUGCUCACAAAAGGGAAAGAGGUGCUGCCAGGAGAUAUCAAUCUCAGAGGACGAUGGCGCUAAUGGGCUUGCCCAUGAACACUCCCAUGCUUCGAACACUUGGUGUCCAGCCCCAUUCACUCGUGCACAAGCCAUGCAGAGGUGGAACUGUGGUGGCACCAAGCUUUCAUGAAGCAUAUGCAGCAGCAGGGAUUGGAAUGCCGUGUACACCUUUCGCGGCCGAGGAUCAAACGGAUCUGGUGUGGCCAGGGAGCUUUCGUAUGGUUCUACAACAGCCCGAGCCACCACAGGAGCCACUCAAGCUUGAUUUAGACCUCAGACUCUGAUAGAAUUUUGGUCUCAGCUUGGAGUUUCUGAUAUCACUAGGCCUGGAAGAAGAGACUGAAUAACUCAGAUGAUAGUACUGCAUAGUGAUGGUAGCAGAUUUAUUACUUUCAUUGUCUAUACAUGACUACAUGUUUAGCACCAUAAAACCCAAUUUGUAACACCCUGGGUAUCUGUUUUAUUUCCUUGAUGCUUGAAAUAAUUCCUAAUGUGCAGUGCUCACUAAGCAUGUGACUAACAUAAAAAGGAGAAUUUGCUUCUCUUUGUAAAAAAUCUGAUUUUCUUCCUACAUGUCCUGUUAAACA